AUAUUUAUAAUUCAAGUGUCCCUUUAAUUUGAAGGAAGAUGCCUAAAUCACUGUUUUAUAAGUGUUUUCAAUAUGUACACUGAAAUGGAUUUCCUAAUAGGAAUCCUAUAACCUUACCAGACUCACUGCUAUAGUGUAUAUAUGUAUGAAAAAAGGAAGUGCCAAUGUAGUAAGAGUGUACUGCCCCAUGGUGGUGGACAGUCAACACUACAGACUUUUCGGACCCAUCAUGAUUCAUUUUAAUUUCCCUCCUGAUUUAUCUAACAUCUCUUUUAUUGAGGAUCCCUACCCCCUUGCAUAAUUAAUGGGAUGAUGCAAAGGGAACUCCUGUCCAAAAACGAUGAAUUGGUUAGAAAUAUUGAAUGAACAUUGACAGAAAUCCACCUUUAAUUUAACGUAAGAUUUGACUUUUCUUCUAUGAAGAUUUUUUUUUACCCAUCUUUGCCAUAUGUCCCUUUUCUAUCCACUUUGGUGUUCUUAUGGCCCUAUGAGCACACUUGGUAAUGCUUUUUGUGUAAGGGCAUCCAAACCUAAGCUGCAGUGUGUUCUCUGUCAGUAUGGUGGCUGUCUAGGCUUUCGAGCCUUCUGAUAGAGGGUGUACUGUGUGCUUACAGGUACAGGCUUUUCUCAUAGCUUGAUUUGAACCUUCUUGGGGAAUUCAUUUCAGGGUUUGUUAAAUAUCCAAUGUGCUGAUAGACAUUUUUUACCCCUCAUGUUUUAUUUGCUUUAAUAGGAUUUACAGCCGUGAAUGUACAAUGUAUAGCUGGGCUGAGAUCCCCUUUCAUACUAAAUUAACGCUUCAUGGUGCAGUAGCGUAUUCCCCAUGUUAAUUACUUGAUUUGUCUGCUGCUGUAAAUGUUUGGGAAGGACAGGGUUGUAUGAGCAAAACCAAAAGUUUUAUGUGUGAGAAAACAGGAAGCAUAGGCUAAUGGUUACAGUCUAGAACAGGGACUCGGCAUAUUUGGGUUCUUGUUCUGGGGUUUGCCACGGGCCUGUUCUGUCUCCUUGGAUGGUUCACCUUACCUUUCUGUUUUGCCCACCUGUGAAAUGAAGCUGGGGCCAUUUCUUCAUCUCACAAGGUGUGACUCAUGAAAGUUUGUAAAGUGCUUUGAAUUCUUCACGUGAAUUAUAGAAAACUGACUGGAUGCAAUGAAUGAGUGGAGAGCAGAAUGUGAACCUAAGGCGGCCUAGCGCUUACCAUUUCUCAAAGCAAGAAGGCAUUAAGGGUUAUGGCGGCCAAGGAAAGACUUGUUCUAAAGCUCCCUAGAGAACAUCUCAAGCUUGCUUAACUGCCUUCUAUAGCCAUGGUCCUGUUCUGAGGAUAUCUGCUCUAGAAAUGUCAGGACAUAAUACUAAGGUGUAUGUUAAACUGGCGUAAAUCCCCUACAGAAGGUACGGGAAGUAAGAGUCCCCUUAGCAUAUAUUAUUUGCAGGUGCCUUCAUUCUAGUGAGCAGAGACCUUGGCCAAGCAGUGAGAGAGCAGAGUUCUGUAAAUGUCACGUCAGGACAGUGAUUUCAUUGUUCUGUGGAGGGCUUAAGUGGCAGGCGUUGGACACUGAGGGGAUUCUAGCCAUUUUUUCUGCUUCUCUGGAACAAAGGCAAGAUGGACAGCAGCAGGUUUCCAAAGCCGGGGAGAGAAUUUCCACUGCGGAAAGCAGCAGUAACCUACAGAAGCAACUUCCAAGGUCAUAAUGAAACUGAUGAACAGAAGAGACCCCUAUGUUCGAGAGGUGAUCUGGUUUGCAGUGUGCUGCAGAGCCCUGGCACUUGUGCUCCAGGCCGUGUUUAAUGUCUUGAUCCCAGAUCAUGCAGCAGAUGCCUUCUCUCCACCCCGCCUGUCAGAGCCCAGCCUCGGGGACCGGUUGUUGGAAUGGCUGUUGGGAGGCUUGUCGCACUGGGAUGCAGAGCACUUCCUGUUCAUAGCUGAGCAUGGCUACCUGUAUGAGCACAACUUCGCCUUCUUCCCAGGGUACCCCCUCAGCGUGCGAGCAGUGGCGGAGCUCGCGCUGUGGCCCCUGGGAGGGCUGCUGAGUUUAUGGAGCCGCCUUCUCCUGUCGGCGGUGCUUUUGAACGCUCUGCUCUCUGUCCUGACAGCUGCUGUCCUUUACGAGCUGGGGUGCGUGGUGCUGCAAUGUCGCAGAACGGCCUUCUUCUCUGCUGUCCUCUUCUGCCUCACCCCUGCCAAUGUGUUCAUGGCCGCCGCAUACUCGGAAAGCAUGUUUGCUUUCCUGGUGUUCAGUGCCAUGCUGCAGCUGGAGAAAGGGCAGAGCUGGACCAGCGGCCUGCUCUUCUGCCUUGCUGCUGGUGUACGCUCCAACGGGGUGAUCAAUGCCGGCUUCCUCUUCUAUUCCCAGAGUAAAGACCUGGCCCUCCAACUCCAGGCAGGGACUGUAAUAAAGCAGCCUCCUACCUGGAGACGACUCCUCUGCUUUGCAGCUUCAGUGGCUUUGGUGUCUGCUGGGGUCUUCCUCCCUUUUGCUUUGUUUCAGUUCUGUGCCUACUGGACAUUCUGCAACCCUGAUGCCAGCUCUGAACAUGCUGUUCCCAGGCUGCUAUUGCAGCUGGCUGUGGAUAAAGGGUAUCGUCUAGCGGCCGCAAAUGGGGUGAAACCUUCGUGGUGCUCCCAGGGGCUCCCUGUGGCCUAUUCUUAUAUUCAAGAUGUUUACUGGAAUGUGGGCUUUCUAAGGUACUUUGAGCCCAAACAGGUACCCAACUUCCUGCUAGCUGCACCAGUGACCGUGCUGGGCUCUUGGGCCGCCUGGUUUUACCUCACUGCAAAUCCCCACUACUGCUUAAGGCUUGGCCUAGUGAGAAGAGCAAAGGGAGAAGGGAAAGGAGAGGAGUCUGAUAAGCCAGAGGUUGGAUUUUGCUGCUCCAGUGUCUUCGUGUACGUGGUCCAUGCCACGGCUCUUCUGGCCUUCGGAAUCCUCUGCAUGCACGUGCAGGUUGUAACCAGGUUCCUAGGGUCAUCUACCCCAGUCUUGUACUGGUUCUCUGCUCAUCUGCUCCAGGACUAUGAACCUUGGCUGUGGAAAGAAGGAGCUGCUACCCAGACUGAAGCAUCCCUCUCUGAGAAGUUCAAUGUAGGCAGCUUCUGUCCUGGAUCAUUCAGAAAAGGGAUUUCUGGGAACCCCAUUGUGAGAUUACUGCUGAACUGGAGAAUAAGUUCCCCUGUCACCAAGUGCAUUCUGGGAUACUUCCUGUCCUACUGGCUGCUUGGACUAAUCCUGCAUUGCAACUUCCUGCCUUGGACGUAGAGUCUGAGAACACGUAUUUGUGAUGGAGCUGCUAAUGGGGACAGCAUCGCUCAGAACACUUGGCAUAAGUGAAUUGAUGCUACUCUUCAUUAUUUCCAAAGGCACACAGAACUCCCACUGUGUGCACGACUCAGUGUUCUUACUGUUGUAAAUCCCAUCCUCAUUUCAUCCUCCUCCUACAGUUUGUCGCCAUUGCUGGUUGUCUGAUGGCCAUAAUCUAAUCAGUAAACUCUUUGUGGGAGUGGC